AAACAAAAACCCAACAAAUAGAAAUUAUGGUAGUAUGACAUGUGGAACUGACUUGAUUUGUCACCUCCCAAUAUAUCAUAUGACCCAGAAGUAAAUUAUUCAGUCAUAAAACUUCGUUUGGAAAUCAUGUCGUCAGGAAAUCAGGAUGCUAAAGGAGCUGAAGGGGGAGAUAACUCCAAUGAUAAGAAAGAAGAAGGGUCAUCUAAUAGUCAAGGUGCUGCAGGGGGAGAUAAUUCUGAUUCUAAAGCAGGAGAAAAUCAAAAUACAGAGAAAAAAGAAGAAGAAAAGAAAUCUGCUCUUUUUGAUGCAUUUGCUGUUUCCCUUGGAUUAAAGGAUGAACCCAAGAUAGAAUCAUUGUUAGAUACAGUAGACUUUAAUGGCAUUGUCAAGUACAUAAAAGAUGGCAAAGCAAAAAACAUCAUCACAAUGGCGGGAGCUGGGAUUUCUACUUCUGCAGGCAUUCCAGAUUUCAGAUCCCCAGAGACAGGCUUGUAUGAUAAUUUGCAGAAAUAUAAUUUGCCAGAACCAACUGCAGUAUUUUCAAUUGAUUAUUUCAAAGAAAACCCAGAACCAUUUUUUAUGUUGGCAAGAGAGUUAUGGCCAGGUGUAUUUAAGCCUACAACUUGCCACUAUUUUAUCAGAAUGCUUCAAGAAAAAGGACUUCUUUUGAGACACUUCACUCAGAAUAUAGACACACUAGAGAGUGUUGCUGGUUUGGACCCCGAGGUGUGUGUUGAAGCCCAUGGUCAUUUCAGGACGGGGCAUUGCAUACAGUGUAGGGCAGAGUAUACCCAGGACUGGAUGAAAGAGAGGAUAAUGAAACCAAGUAUACCUAAAUGUGAAGCAGAAGAGUGUGAGGGUGUUGUCAAACCUGAUAUUGUCUUCUUUGGUGAAAAUCUUCCAUUUCGUUUUCUGAAAUGUAUGUCAGAGGAUUUUGGUAAAUGUGAUUUGCUAAUUAUAAUGGGAACAUCAUUAUUGGUUCAACCAUUUGCCUCAUUAGUAAACAGAACUCAGGAGAACGUACCAAGAAUGUAUAUCAACUUAGAAAACAGUUGUCCUCCCAAACUGGAUCCAAUUAUGACUGUGAUAUUUGGCAGUGGUUUUGAUUUUGAUGGUGAAAAUAAUUACAGAGAUAUAUUUUGGCAAGGAACCUGUGAUGAUGGUUGUAUGGCAUUAGCAGAAGCCUUAGGAUGGGGUGAAGAACUGAAAACUUUGGUCACAACAGAGCAUGCAAAGAUAGAUGCUGCAAAUCCUGAUAAAUGUACAACAUCUGCAAAGAAAGCAGACUGCACAUCAAAGGAAGCUGAUGCUACACCAAAGAAAGCUGACACUACACCAAAGAAAACUGAAAAUACACCAAAGAAAUCUGAGACUCCAAAAACAUCAGAUAAAACUCCCCCAAAACCAGAAGCAGCUACUCCAAAGGCAACUCCUGGAAGCCAGUCAAAGAAGACACCUCCCAAAAAGGGAAACGGCAACUCCACAAAAUGAAUCCAUGCAGUAAAUUGCAGUUUGAAGGCAAACCAACAAACAGUCAUUCCUCUGAAGAAAAUAUAUCUUUUCCCAGUCCAUGCUGGUAAUUUACAUUUCAGACUUUUCCAAAAACAUCAUAUUGACUGUGUAAGAAUAUAUGAUAGUUGUCCUCCCUCCUGAUUUACAGCAGAAGUCGCAAAGUGAUAUUCCCUCUGUCUAUAUGUAGCACUUUAGGCACUCUACAUCUAUGAGACCAUAUGUCAUAUAUCUGAAUAUACUACUGUGGAUUCAUUAUUAUGCAUGGAUACCAAUUCUCCUGGGUAUAGGGAAAACACAAAUUUGAAUCCCGACAAAGUACAAAAUUUCGUUUUUGCCGAACCACGAAAUCAAUCCACAAUAAGUAUUUUUCCUCGAUCUACGAAAAAUAAAUGAAUCCACAGUUUACUAUCAUUUUUAUUUGAUGAUCUUUGCUCUAGU